AUGAGUCUGACCGUCGAAGGCGAGGACCGCAAUGGUCCAUCUCCAUCAGAUAAUUCCUCUACCAGCAGUGCACACAAUGAGAUAGGCGAAUUUCGUCCCUCGAAACGGACCUGGUUGAUCUUCCUAACGCUAUCAGUACUGACACUCAUGGUGGCGCUGGAUGGGACGUCCAUAUCCGUUGCCCUGCCUAUCAUCGCAACCAAGUUGAAUGGCUCUGCAAUCGAAGCUUUUUGGAGUGGAACAUCGUUUCUCUUAUGUUCGACAGUCUUCCAACCAAGUUUCGCCUCAUUCUCAAACAUAUUUGGUCGCAAACCUAUUAUCCUCAUUGCAUUGGCUUUCUUCUUCGUUGGCACGCUUGUCUCCGGCCUCUCCAAAGGGUUCACGCAGAUGCUGAUCGGCCGCUCCAUCCAAGGUGUCGGUGGAGGCGGCUUGAUCGCCUUGACUGAAAUCGUCAUCACCGAUCUUGUUCCAAUGCGUGAACGAGGAAAAUAUUUCGGUAUCCUGAGUUCGAUGUGGAGUCUCGGAUCAGUCCUUGGACCCGUCUUGGGCGGUGGUUUCUCUCAGAAUGUUUCUUGGAGAUGGAUCUUCUAUAUCAACUUCCCUUUCAUUGGCAUUGGCGCUGUCUUUAUCGUGCUAUUCUUCAAGCUCACUAGAAUUCCGGACUCUCUAGCUGCCAAGUUACGCAAGAUCGACUACAUCGGCGCUGCAUUAUUUGUUGCAUCUGCCGUCUCCUUCCUCAUCCCCGUCACCUGGGGAGGAGUCAUGUACGAUUGGAGCUCAUGGAGGACUCUGGUGCCCUUGAUCCUCGGUAUCGUCGGGUUGAUAUGCUUCAUGCUUUAUGAGACAUACGUUGCAGCUGACCCUAUGGUCCCCGUCACUGUCUUUGCCACCCGCACCGCCAUCGUCACAUACAUCGAGACAGUACUACACGGCCUUGUCCUCUGGUGCGGCCUCUACUACAUGCCACUCUACUUUGAGACGGUCAAGGAAUACUCGCCCAUCCUAUCCGGUGUAGCGCUCUUCCCACUCAGUUUCACAGUGGCUCCCAGCGCCGUUGUAGUCGGCAUCAUCACCACUUUAACCGGCAAAUACCGCUGGUCCAUCUGGGUUGGCUUCCUCCUCAGCACCGUCGGCAUGGGCCUCUUUGCAAUUCUCAAGGUGACCACCAAUGUUGUAGGUUGGAUAUUCCUGAUGCUCCCCGCCGGUGUGGGACUGGGUAUGCUCUUCCCUGGCCUGGGUUUCGCCGUCCAAGCAUCGGCCUUAAAGGGUCAUAUGUCCAUGGCCGUGGCGCUGUUUAGCUUUUUCCGUGCCUUUGGACAGGCCAUCGGUGUGGCUAUUGGAGGUGUGAUUUUCCAAAAUCGCAUGGUGAGCAAGUUACAGAAAUAUCCCGAGUUUUCUGCGCCUGGAAUUGCAGAGGCCCUGAGUAAGGACGCCGCAAAGCUGGUGCAGCUUGUUCGUGCUAUGCCAGAUGGUGCUGAGAAGAUGCAUCUCAAGGAGGCGUUCACGGGCAGCUUGAGGUUUGUCUGGAUUGUCUGCUGCGUGUUGAUGGCUGUUGGUGGGUUGUUGAGUCUAUUAACAGCAUCAUAUGACUUGAAUCAGGGAAUUGAUUCUGAUCAGACUCUGAUGGAGAAGAAAGAUCGGGAUUCGGCUGUAGAAACGGCUGUCACUUCACAGGCAUCUCUUGGCUCCGCAGAGAAGCCUUAA